AUGCAACUCCACGCCAUCACUGCCAACAACAGCAACAAAGAAGCCGCACACAACCUCGAAACCGGCCAACGACCGCGCUCCAUGUCCCAACGAAACGACAGUCCCGCAGCCCCAGACGGACGCAUCAACACCUCUCAAGCGAGGGCGUACUGGGAAAGCGCGCCGGUCGACGUCAACGGAAUGCUCGGGGGGAUCCCCGCGCACGACGGCUUCUCGUCGCUUAGCCAGAUCGACCUUCAAGGAUCGCGAACCUUUCUGGCAAGAUUCGGCAUCGGCACCAAGCGCGGCCGCCGCACGCUCACGAGCACGCUCGAGGGAGGAGCAGGCAUCGGAAGGGUGACGGAGGGCCUCCUCCUCCCCGUCUCCGAGCACGUCGACGUCGUGGAGCCCAUCUGCAAGUUCACGGCCGCGCUCCAGGGCAGGCCCGGCGUCCGGAGCAUCUUCAACGUCGGCCUGGAGGAGUGGCGGCCCAGCCCGGCACGCGAGUACGAUCUCAUCUGGGUGCAGUGGUGCCUGGGCCACCUCACGGACGAGCAGGUCGCGCGCUUUCUGACGCUCGCAAAGGCCGUCCUCAAGCCCGCCACCGGCCUGGUCGUGGUCAAGGAGAACCUGAGCACGAGCGGGACAGACGUCUACGACAGCACCGACAGCAGCGUCACGAGGCAGGACAGCAGCUUCCGCAGAAUCUUCCGACAGGCCGGCAUGACAGUGGUCCGGUCCGAGCUGCAGAGAGGCCUGCCGGAACGUCCCACCCUCAAGCUGCUCCCCGUCAACAUGUACGCCCUGCGGCCGUGA